GUCGACAAACUCCAUUAUUUUGGCCUUUCAAUCAGCCAACCGCCCGACGAAUGCAGCCCGGCUUGAGUGUUCGUGAUUUUUGGGAGGCUAACAUCGCCUGGGAAGAAAAAGAGAGGAGAGAAAAUCAACGUUCUGCGCACAUGAAGCCAUACAGUUUCCCUAAAUGGCGGUCCACUGAUGCUUUGUCUGCUUCGCUAGUUGCUUCAAAUAGUGUCGGUACGAUCGUGAGAAAAUUCGCAAUUCUGUUAGUCGCGAAUCCAUUGCGAACAUUGCCGAAGCUAGGGAACGAUUUGAGCCGAGUCGCAAUCCGACUGCAAUCAGAAACUUGCGCGCAGCUAUUCGAAGAAGUAUUGGUCUAUUUUGUGCUUGAGUUUAUUGAAGAACUUUGUUUCAGUGAAGAAACUUGAAA